AUGGCCGCAAAGGGACGCAGGCUGGCAGCGAAGCCUCUGUCCACGUAUGGCAUGAACGGCGGCGGCGGUUUCGGCAGCGGCAUGGGCGGCAGCGGCAUGGGCGGCGCAGGCGGCUUCAGCAACGCCCCUUUCUCAGCUGGCAACAUCAUGGCAGGCAGCCAGUUCAUGGGCGGCAACAGCAUGAUGAACACCCCCUUCAUGGGCGGCAACAGCAUGAUGAACGCCCCUUUCAUGGGCAGCAACAACAUGGCCGGCGUGCAGGGCGGCAGCAGCAUGGCCGGCUCCAUGGCUGGCUCCCAGGGCGGCAACAGCAUGGCCGGCUCCAUGGCUGGCACGCAGGGCGGCAACAGCAUGGCCGGCUCCAUGGCCGGCGCGCAGGGCGGCAGCAGCAUGGCCGGCUCUAUGGCCGGCGCGCAGGGCGGCAACAGCAUGGCCGGCUCCAUGGCCGGCGCGCAGGGCGGCAGCAGCAUGGCCGGCUCUAUGGCUGGCUCCCAGGGCGGCAACAGCAUGGCCGGCUCCAUGGCCGGCGCGCAGGGCGGCAGCAGCAUGGCCGGCUCUAUGGCUGGCUCCCAGGGCGGCAACAGCAUGGCCAGCUCUUCGGCUUUCUCCAAGGGCGGCAGCAGCAUGGCCAGUGCUUCCUCGUCAAGCUCUGGCAGCAGCAGCAUGGCCAGUGCUUUCUCGAGCAGCAGUUAA